GGGCCGCCAGCGCGGGCGCUGCGGGGGCCCCGGGCCCGCCGCGCUCCGCACGCUUUGGCGGAGAGCUGAGUCGGUUCCCUACCUUCCCCGCGGGACGGAGCGGCUGAGAGCGUGCCAGCAUGGCAGAAAAAGUGAACAACUUCCCUCCCCUCCCGAAGUUCAUCCCUCUGAAGCCGUGUUUCUACCAGGACUUUGACGCGGAGAUCCCACCGCAGCACCGCACCAUGGCCAAGCGGCUCUACUACCUCUGGAUGCUGAACAGCAUCACCUUGGCGGUGAAUCUCGUUGGCUGCCUCGCAUGGCUCAUUGGAGGCGGCGGAGCGGUUAAUUUUGGACUGGCAAUUCUCUGGCUCAUUCUCUUUACGCCCUGCUCCUAUGUCUGCUGGUUUAGACCUAUUUACAAAGCUUUCAAGACAGACAGCUCCUUCAGCUUCAUGGCCUUCUUCUUCACCUUCAUGGCCCAGCUGGUGAUCAGCAUUAUCCAGGCAGUGGGAAUCCCCGGCUGGGGCGUCUGUGGCUGGAUCGCAGCCAUUUCCUUCUUCGGGACCAACGUGGGGUCGGCCGUGGUGAUGCUGAUCCCCACCGUCUUGUUCACCGGCAUGGCGGUCUUCUCCUUCAUCGCGCUCACCAUGGUGCAUAAAUUUUACCGGGGGAGCGGCGGGAGCUUCAGCAAGGCGCAGGAGGAGUGGACCACAGGCGCCUGGAAGAACCCCCACGUGCAGCAGGCAGCGCAGAGCGCGGCGGUGGGGGCCGCGCAGGGCGCCGUGAUGCAGCACGAGACGCAGUACUCGGCCACCCCCAACUACACCUACUCCAACGAGAUGUGAGCGGCCGGACCUUGUCCUGGGGCGCCAGCGCGGGGGGGAGGGAGGAGGAGGAGGAGGACGGCUGAGCCGCGUUUCCGCAACCAUUUCGGAAGGGCGACGUGUACCAUAACGGAUGAUUCUUUUCCCCUCUUCUCUGUAAUGACACUUUUUUUUCCCCUUCCCCGUUGCUGUCUUCAGCUCUUUUUCCUCUACUUUAUUUAUUUUUUUUCCAUUUUGGAGAGGCUGUGAGUUGACCCGCAGGACUCUCGCUGUGCGUGGUGAUAGGUGUACGUUGGUGCGUUUUCUUUUUCCCCUGUGAAAUAGUGUAUGGUGAUGGUUUUUAAAUUACUGUGGUGAUAGGUGUAUGCUAGAAGUACAUCAGCCAAAAGCCCCCCCCCCCAAAAAAAAAAGAUAAAAAUAGCAACCAGCACCCAUCUCCCUUCUUGUGAUAAGGCGACAGGAACCUUCACUCCUGGGAACUCUCCUGCUACUUCUGCGUUGUUUUAACUAGCAGGUGGCUGGCCAAUUUAGUGCGUAAAAAUAAAUCAGUAAGAUAACUCGAUCCUGCCGUUGCGAGGCUGGAGGCCGAGGGAUUCCUAAUCGACCGCCUGGCUCUGGAUCCGCAGCUUCUCCCGGUGCGUGCCGUUGUGACGGAGCAGCUGGCCGCAAAGACCGGCGUUAGCAGGCGGCUGCGAGCGGAGGCGAGGACGGGUUUCCCCGCAGAACUGGCCCGUUUGGGAUUAUGCAUCUGCUUUUUUUAAGGGUUCUCUCUAGCAAAGCGACGGAGCGGUUCCCGGAGGACCUGUUCUUGGGCAAGGCUCCGGGUCCCGUCCUGCCACCCCGUAGGCAAGCAGUAAAACCAGUCUCGCUGCCUGGCUGAGCAGGGGGGCCGGGCCCGGGCCCUGUCCCCUUCUGAGGCACGCACUACCCUAGGGCCCUUUAGGAAACCUCCAGGCUAAAAGACAGCGGCGGUGGCAAUAAUUCCUUCUCUCUUGUAUUUUCUAAGAAGGUGGCGGAGCUCCUGGGAACUCCGCCAGGCUCCCUGCCCCUGGCAGACGUGGCGGCCCAGAGGUCCCGGCUCCUCGGGCCCUGAAUCCCUGCCCGGUUAGCGGAGGCCGAGCUCCGGGGAGCCGUCCUGCACGUUGGCAGGAGGCAGCCGAGCUGGCGCCGCGCCGUCUCGUGGUGGGAGAUUCGGGGGAAAGCGGCCAGCAGACCCCAGGCGAGGCUCUGGGCAGGAGCAGGAAAAGCUCCUUCUCGGAGAUGCUUUUCAUACUCUAACUGCACUUUAAAUAGAGCGGUCAGAUUUUGUUUUUUCCUUCUUCCUCUUAAUGCGUGGAAAAGCAGCCCAAGCAGAGGCCCAUCUGGCCCCUUUGCUCAAAUUUCUCCUGCCCCCCUCCAGGUCCUGCAGCGGGCAGACGCUCGCCCCGCAGGAUAGGAGCUCAGCGAGCAGCCCGGUCGCCUCGCUGCGGUCUUUCCCCCGCCGCCUUGGCAGCGACAGCUUUGCAAGUCCCUCGUGUGGGAGAGUUAUCCCCAGGAAUCAUGCCAAAAGGGAAUUUAUUUUUUUUCCCCGCCAAAAGGGAAUUUAUUUUUUUCCCCGCCAAGCACGCCUAGAGCAGUGUCCUCUCCAGGGCGCCACGUCGGUCGUUCUGCAGUAGCCAGUUGUCUCUUGACAAGACUAAAAUGCAGCUAAUGAUAAAGAUGCCUCUGUGCGUGUAUAUAUGUGUGUAUAAAACGUAAAGAGAAAACUAA